AGUGUAUAGUAUGUUCGGUGCACAUCAAAACUGAUGAAAACAUAUGCGACGAUGAAGUGACAAUUUCGCGAAUAACGCUAUUUGCUGCUAGGCAAACACGCGACUUUCGCACCGACGCGACAAUUCGAUUUACAGUAGUGGAAGACGCGACGGUGCCAUCGGAAUUCAGAAUCACGGCGUUGACGUAUUUAUCGCGAUUUCGUCACAAGGAUACAAUGCUUUGUUGCAUUAACUGCAAGUGACAAAUAACGUAUGUGUAAAUAUGGUGAUUUCUAUGUAGAUAAUUAUUCGAUUAUAUGAAUUCUUCAGAAUUCUCAUAUUUGUGGGAGUUACUUAUGUAAUAUUUAAAAAUGUCGCAAGGAGACGGUGCUGCUGUCGCAGUGCCUAAUAAUCAAAACGGUGCGAUAGCACAUAAUCUUCACAGUCUUGCUGGUGUUAUAGGGCCAGUCCUAAAUAAUAAUAACAUGAAUAUAGCUAGAAAUAACAAUAAUCAAAAUCCGCUGAUUAAUGUACGGGAUAGGUUAUUUCAUACGUUAUUUGUCAAAGCGGCGCUAGCCUAUGCACGGACAUUUCCAAGGCCUGUCAGGAGAUUUAUAGAAUUUAUAGUCCUUUUAAAGGCUAUAUUGGCAUUUUUUGUGUUGGCUUAUAUCCAUAUAGUAUUUUCACGCGCACCAACCAAUUGCUUAGAACAUAUAAGAGACGACUGGCCACGGGAUGGCAUAUUGAGAGUCGAAAUUCUUAGGAAUGGCGGUGAAGAUUAUAGCAUAGAGAAAAGUUAUGCCAAAGAAGAGAAAUUGAGACAAGGAAAUGUUCAUGAUUUUUCUGUUGCUUUAGCAUUAUUAACCAGAAAUGGCAGAUUUAUAAAUAUUGAACCAUCGGCUGUUGAUGAAGAACGGGACACUAUAAACACCUCUGCCGACGGGAAUCAUGAGAAUUUAACAUUACUUGAGCAAGAUCUGAUGAGAAGUGCGACAAUCUCUGGAGAGACGCAAAAUCCUGACCUAAGCCCAUCAAAUACAACAAUGAGUCCAUCGUUGUCAACGAAGCUUUGGGAUGGUUUAAAUAUAGCUAAAAAAAUAUCAUCCGGAGAAAAGUCAUCUUUUACGAAUGUGGAAGGUAACUCCACGGAAGUGCCUGAUCAUUUAAAUGAAGAUAAUGUUGUACAGUUAAAAGAUCGUACUUCAGAUGUUGAUAAAACAACUAGAAUAGAGGAUGGAUAUAUUGUUGAAUAUUCAUUGGAAUAUGGUUUCUUACGAUUAUCACCAGCGGCUCGACAAAGACUAAACAUUCCAGUCAAAAUUGUCACUUUGGAUCCAUUGAACGACAAAUGUUUUGGUGAUGCGUUUUCGCGGUUGAUAUUAGAUGAAUUUUUGGGAUAUGACGAUUUGUUGAUGGCAAGUAUCAAGACGCUAGCAGAACAUGAAGACAACAAAGGUUUUUUACGGAACGUGGUAACGGGAGAACAUUAUCGAUUUGUGAGCAUGUGGAUGGCACGAACAUCAUAUUUAGCUGCAUUUUUCGUUAUGCUCGUAUUUACGGUGUCAAUCUCAAUGUUACUGCGCUACUCGCAUCACCAGAUCUUUGUCUUUAUCGUUGAUCUCAUACAAAUGCUGGAGUUUAAUUUAACUGUAUCAUUGCCAGCUGCCUCCCUACUGACAGUGGUCUUGGCAUUAGUAGGGAUGGAGGCGCUUAUGUCUGAAUUUUUCAAUGACACAACCACUGCGUUUUACAUAAUCUUGAUAGUGUGGCUUGCCGAUCAAUACGAUGCUAUCUGCUGUCACACGGUUCUUACAAAGAGACACUGGCUAAGAUUCUUCUACCUGUAUCACUUCUCUUUUUACGCCUAUCAUUAUCGAUUUAACGGACAGUACAGCAGUUUGGCGCUGGUCACAUCUUGGCUUUUUAUACAGCACUCAAUGCUAUACUUCUUUCAUCACUAUGAGCUACCAGUAAUUCUGCAGCAGGCGCAACUUCAGCAGCUCCUGUUUCGUAAUCAUGCUCAGCCUCAAGCGCAACCAGCAACGCCCAGUACGGCCCCAACCACCCCGGGUCCGGGGUCGUCGCCGUCACCUUCGCCAACGCCGUCGCCGUCGCCAUCGCCAUCGCCGUCAGUGGCUCCUUCGCCUUCACCUUCGUCGAAUCCGAAUCCGUCGACACCUCCGACGACGGAACAGACACAGCAAAACUACAUUACUGAGCUUUCUCAGCUUGACUUCGAACCUAGCAAUACGGAGGAACAACAUGCGAAUGCGGAUAAUGAGCAAACAUCCGCGACAACGACGGCUGACCGUCGAGACAAUUCUGUUCGAGGUGACACAUGAGCGUUGAACUGGAAAUCCUUCUCUUAAUCCAAUGAGAAAGUAUUUUGCGCUCAAUUCUGCAAGGAGCUCAAUUCUGCAUCUCUCGGUGCCGAUGUGGAAGGAUAAAUAUAAUUGCCUGACGUUUCAAAGAAGAUGCUGGAAUAAUACCAAUGUGUGCGUAUGUAAGCAAAAAACUGUGAAUCGAGAGGAUGAAAAAGCGAAGAGCGCGACAGUGAGGUGCGUUUGAUAUUCGAAUAAAUCUUUCCCAAGUAUUCACACAUUUUAUCUGCCAUUAUAUAUUAUAUAAAACUAAUCGUUCAUACUGAUUGUAAUAAGACUGUCGGAGUUUGUAAUGAUCGUAUAUAAUUCGAAAAUGUAAAAGAAUGGUCUUAUUGUUUAUAUUUAUUAUCGAUAUUGCCUAAUUAUCAUGGUUGUGCAUAUUUUUGUAAAAAAUAUUAUAUACUUAGUAGUAGUUAUGCGUAGUAUAGUAGUAUUGUGACAACAUGACAUGUAUCUCAGAGUAUUAAAUAUUAAUGAAUUUUUUGAAAAAAUUUAGAGGGGCAGGGGGACGAUCCUGAAUUUAAAGCACUCGCUCCGCCUUGCUUCAACUUGACAGGUUUUCUCCCUGCUCCAUUACCCCUUCAUAUUCUUCCCUUUUUCUCGCGAGAUUAUUCGCUUAUCGGUUCAUUGUGGAUUCCUCCUAUCCUUUAUGAGCAGCGGUCGCUUCCCGUGCAUGCUAAAUAUCUUUUCUCGCUACUGCCACCAUUCAACCACCAGUUUCAGCUUUGCCUUCUGCAGAUGCGUCACUUUGCACAGUUGCGACGAAAUAAGGCUUAUAUAGGGUAAGUAGGAUAACCAGUUAUACACAAAAAGAGGGAAACAGAAAAUAUCGGCAAAGCGAGACAAUAUUGUUUUUUAUUUAAAGAUAUAUAAACAUAAUGCAUAUAUAGCUCAAUUGUCUCCAAGCGAAAAUCGGACCUUGGACUUCUGUUAGAAUGGAAAAAUUUGUAUGUCGCAAUAUCCUAUUCAUGGUCAUGUAUCUUGUGUCAAGAAUGUUUAUCUUUUGUUGGCAUUUGUAUUCAUAAAGUAUUCAAGAAUAUCUCAGGUAAAUGAAAUAUACAAAAUUAAAAUAUAUGUAUGUAUAUGUGGGAUAGUUGUGUUUAAGGCUAAAAUUCUGAAUAUGAAAAGACUGCUGGGGCCUAAAAAAAUCUAGAGUUAUUG